AUGCCAGUCGCGGCGUUUGUGGUAGGGAUCGUGUGGGUCCCUUUGAAAAUACAGACUGCUGUUUUCAGUAUCGUUUUCGCUGGGUUUUCGAGUAUCAGCAUCACUGCAGGCAAGAACCAACGCAUUAUUAAGGUCCUAGGAUAUCAUCGCCUGUGGUCACAUCGUGCCUAUUCUGCACAUCCCGGACUACAGGUAUUCUUCGCAACCUUUGGAGCAAGUGCAGGUCUAUACAGUAUUAUAAGAUGGUGCAGUGACCACCGAGCCCAUCAUCAAUACCUCGAUAGUGACCGAGAUCCGUAUUCCGCACGCCGGGGCCUUUUCCAUGCACAUUAUGGUUGGCUUCUUGUGAAACCAAAGCCCGGAACGAUAGGCUAUGUCAACAUUCAAGAUCUUCUCAGAGACAACCUCGUCAUGUGGCAAUACGAGAACUAUCCAAUGUUAUUUUUUCUAAUGGCAUUUGUUCUGCCCACCGCAGUGUCCACUCUCCUGUUCAACGACCUUUACGGGGGCAUUGUUUAUGCUAGUUGUCUAAGAUUAUUCUUCAUUCAACAAUCCAUGUUCUGCAUCAACUCUCUGGCUCACUGGGUUGGAGAAAAGCCAUUUUCAGGCAAUACACCGUGUGACAAUUUUCUAGUCGCUCUGAUAACUUACGGAGAGGGCUACCACAACUUCCAUCAUGAAUUUCCAAUGGACUAUCGGAACGGGAUUCGAUGGAUGGAUUACGACCCAACAAAGUGGUUCAUAUGGCUUUGUGCAUACGCAAACCUCGCAUCUGGUCUCAAGACUUUCCCCGAAAAUGAGAUCGAGAAGAGUCGCUUCCAGCGACUGGAACAUCAAUUGGAAAUCAGACGACAAAAGAUUUCCUGGGGAACUAAGCCUGAAGAGCUUCCGGCAAUAAGCAUUGCACAAUUCACUGAUCGCGUGAGGGCGGGUUCCUCAUUGAUUAUUAUCAACGAUGUUGCACACGAUGUAUCGGAAUUCAUGCAUGAUCAUCCCGGUGGGAUCGUCCAGAUGGAAGCGAAUAUUGGCAGAGAUUGUACUAAACUUUUCUAUGGUGGUAUCUACAUGCAUUCAAAUGCUGCCGUCAACUUACUGUCUACCAUGCGAGUUGCACGAAUUGUGAACACUGCUUGCCAGGUCAAGUCACUCAAUUCAUACCCAGGGAGUUCUGGCUCCGAUGGGCUCGGGGGACCGUUGGUCGAACUGUCAUGA